AGAUCUCUCUCGCAAUGAUUUUUCUAAAAACUUGCCGACGAGUUUGUUUCAACAUCUGAAAGCGAUGAGGACAAUUGAUCAAACAUCGAAGAAACCAAGUUAUCUUGGAGAUUCAUAUUACUAUGAUUCUGUUACAGUUUCAACCAAGGGGCUGGAGCUUGAACUUGGCAGAAUUUUGACUACUUUCACAACCAUUGAUCUUUCAAAUAACAAAUUUGAAGGAUACAUUCCAAGUAUUAUGGGAGAUCUUAUUGCGCUUCGCAUUCUAAAUUUAUCUCAUAAUGGAUUGCAAGGUCCUAUUACGCCAUCACUUGGAAGUUUAUCUUUAGUUGAAUCAUUGGACCUGUCAGGCAACCAUCUUGUAGGAGAGAUACCACCACAAUUUGCUUCUCUUACAGCUCUCGAAGUCUUAAAUCUCUCCUACAAUCAUCUCGAAGGGUGCAUUCCUCAAGGAAAUCAAUUUCAUACCUUUGAGAACAAUUCGUAUGAAGGCAAUGAUGGAUUACGUGGAUUCCCACUUUCAAAAGGUUGUGGUAAUCACGGUCAUGAUUCAGCAUCAGAGAAAACUUAUGCUGAAUAUGCGCUUGAUGAAGAAAGCAACUCUGAAUUUCUGAAUGAUUUUUGGAAAGCUGCUCUUAUGGGGUAUGGAACCGGACUAUGGAUCGGAUUAUCCAUAAUAUAUAUCUUGAUCUCAAAUGGAAAUAUGAAAUGGCUUGAAAGAAUCGUUGAAGAGAUGGAACACAAAAUUAUGAUGGCAAGGAGAAAGAAGCAACGAAGGCAAAGGAAUUACAGAAGAAGCAACAAUCGCAUCUAGAAAAUUUACCAAUGGAGCAAGAUUUGAUUUCAGGAACUUACAGAUGUCAAGGAUAAGAAGACGUUGGCGCAGUGGAGUUGGUUACCCCUAUGUUUACUAUUAAGCUUUAUUUUGAGAGAUGUUUCCAGUCCUCCAUAGCAAAGUGAAGCAUGCUGCAGUAGACUUUCACUUUGUUCGCCACCAUGUCGACAUCAAAAAGGUUCGAGUUGUUCACGUCCAUGCUGCCGAUCAAAUCACUGACACUCUCACCAAGGCACUGUCUAAACUGGCUUUUGAGAAGAAUUUAUUCAAGUUAGGAUUACUGAUUCAUCGCCUAACUUGAGGGGGCGUAUUGACACAUCCCGUGUCAAGUUAGUUAGUAAUUAGAAGUGUAAUUAGAAUAUAUGUUUCAACGGUUUUUUUUAUUUAGGACUGGUCUAGUUUAGUUAGUUUAGGACUCAUCUUAGUUUAUCUGUAACUCUAUUUAAUACGCUUUCUGCUUCAUUAAUAAACAUCUUCUUUCCAGCA